GGCGGUCAUUGGGUGCGGGCGCACGUUAAUCUGUAAACCCAUGGUGUCAGGUUCCCACUGUUCCCACCGCUGCCGGUUUACAGCAGCCGCGAGUGUCCGUCCCCCCCGCUCUCCAGUCCCGGCGACGGUUGGCGCCUUUUCGCGCCUUGCGCUGCCUGACGUUUGAACGCUACGCCGUGAUUGGCGGGCCGGCGGGCCAAUGGGGAAUACGUAUUCCAACGUGCGAUGAUGUAAUAUGCAGAUGAGUCAGCUGAUCUGUAGUUGUGACCUCACAAUACGGAAGUAACUGGAGCAGGAGAGGGUCAUUUGGUCCCCAACUCUGUUCUAUUCAAACUCUAUAAAUAAGGAGCACAUGCAACAUGGCCACCACACAGUUCCUGACCAUUGUUCAGGGGGAGGCCUCUGAAACAGACUCUGAGGAAGAACUCUACCUGACGUCCACAUCUCCAGCAUGCAUCUUGCAGGCAGGAGCGAAAGUGCCUGGAGAAGCCUCGGAAACUGAUGACGAGGAUACAGGCUGUGAGGAGGCAGCAGCAGCCCAAGACAUCCAGCAAGCCAUUCAGCACGAUCUCCCACCUCUGGUCGUGAUCCGUGACAAGCAGCCAGAAGUCCUGACUGCUGUGGAGGAGAAGCCGGCCGUGAAGAUUCGCCAUCAGGGACGGUACAGUAGUCUUCUGCAGCAGAAGCUGAGGGAGAGUAAUGUGCGUCUUAACCACAACGUGGAGCAUGCGGUCAAGCAGAUGUACGAGAAUGCCACCAAGGAGAUCCGCACUGCUACCAGUCACCUCAGCAAUUCCCAGAACGGGAUCAUUAAUGCAUCACACAGCAUCCGGUUAAUCUUGGACGAUUUGAAGUCAGUGACAGAAAAGAUGGACAUAAUCACAAGCUGCAACUUACUCCCUGACAUUCAGAUUCCUCCUCGUCAGCAAGUCUAGUGUAGGUCUGACCUAGUUUGCAGAGACCAGUAAAGUUUUAUUGCAGUUUCAAGGCUCCAGGCUAUCUCAGUAGUGGAGUGCUUCAGGCAAAUUGCAAGCUCUGACAGCUUGAAAACUUGAAUUAGUGCAUUUCAGCAAAGCAGACACACAGGGCAGAUUCUUUAAACUGAGCUCAGGAAUUCUGUUUGCGUUAUGUUGUGGCUUUUUACCUGUCACUGUAAUUAAUUAGACUUAUCACAGAGAAAGAAGUUAAGAAAUUUGCAAGUAUAGUGUGAAACUAAAUUCACCUGUGUUUUCCCUGAUAAUUUGAUAUGUUGAUACUCUCAAACCAAAGGGAGAAAAAAAUCUUCAAUACACUUCAACGUUGAGCUAUUCGCCUCUCGUAUGACACCCUUAAUUUAUUGACACUAGUUGUUCAUAAUAUUACUAAUUGUAUGCACUAUUUCACAAUUAUCUCAGUGUUUUACAGCUCAAAUUGCUCUGUCUUUAAGUUAUAUCCACCUCUGACGUGUUUAUUAACAGCUUAAAAGUUACUCUCCCUAUUACGUUUUGCUGAAGUAACAGAGACAGCCCUGUAAUGGGUUUAACUUUGCAUUUUGUGACUAGGUAAUGCUGAAUCCUGGACUAGUUUGCCACAAUGAAAAAGGCUAGGAUCUAACACUCACUAGGGCCUGACAUUAAUGAUAUCGUAUUGCAUGUGUAUUGUGAUUAUGCCAUGAAUUGGACUUAAUCUGCCUUAUAUAUGUUGAUAUAACGAUUCUGAAUGUACAGUAAAACAUUUUUACACUUUUCCUUUAGAUGGUUACUUUAUUUCAUAGAACGUGUUUGCAUUUGCAUUACUGGACUAAUAAUCCAGCAAUUUAGUCUAAUGCCCAGAGGUAAAAGCCAACCAGAGGUAAAAGCUAGGGAACUUAAAUUCAACUAACUAAAUAAGUGCAGAAUUAAGAUCUUAUUUUCAGUAAUGGAAAUCAUGAAGUUAACAGAUUUUCUUAAAAAUAAACACAAUUACUUCACUUGAUCUGAUCUAUGUGUGACUCCAGAUCCACA